UGAAAAAUGUAGUGGAACUUGAGUCUCUCUGGUGAUCGCAACAUGACGGAUAAAAUAGUUUUGUAUGGCAUGGACAUUAGUCCGCCUGUUCGCGCCUGUAAGAUGACUUUGCGAGCCUUGAACUUGGACUAUGAAUACAGGGAACUGGAUCUGCUGGCAGGAGAUCACUGCAAGGAUGAGUUUCUUAAGAAGAAUCCUCAGCACACGGUGCCACUUCUCGAAGAUAAUGGAGCCUUAAUCUGGGACUCACAUGCGAUUGCUUGUUACCUGGUGGACAAGUACGCCAAGUCGGAUGAGUUAUAUCCCAGGGAUCUGGUGUUGCGCGCUCAGGUGGAUCAGCGUUUGUACUUCGAUGCCAGCAUCCUCUUUAUGUCGCUGCGCAAUGUCAGUAUACCCUAUUUUAUUCGCCAAGUGAGUCUGGUUCCCAAGGAGAAGGUGGACAACAUCAAAGAUGCAUAUGGCCACUUGGAGAACUUUCUGGGGCAUAAUCCCUAUUUGACCGGUUCGCAGCUGACCAUAGCUGAUUUCUGCUGCGGAGCCACUGCAUCCUCACUGGCCGCUGUCCUUGAUCUCGAUGAGGAAAGGUAUCCAAAGGUGGCUGCUUGGCUCCAACGCCUCGCGAAGUUGCCCCAUUAUGAGGAGGACAAUCUGCGGGGCUUGAAUAAGUACAUCAAUUUGUUGAAACCCGUCUUAAAGUUGGAGCAAUAGUUAUUUGUAUUAAACAAAUUUAAAUCAAAAAUGUAUUUUAACUGAAAUUUAAAUAAAAAUAUUUUUUUUAAAUCAUAAUACAAAUAAUAUUAUAUUUCUUCGGUUGACUAGAUUUUGAAGAAAACAAAAAUAAGAGAGAAUCUGUAACAGAAAGAGAAUUUAAAAUGUUUAAGAUCGAUUUUAUGGUUGUAAACAUUAUAGUUCCGAUAAUGGCUGAUUUAUUGCCUAACACAA